UGUACUGUACUGUACUGUACUGUACUGUACUGUGCUGUACUGUACCGUACAGGAAACUCAAUAUAUAUCAUUACCCAACCUAGAUUCUACAUUUCAAACAGGAGUCAGGAGUCAAGUAAAAAGAGGAAUAGGAGGUCAAGGAUUCGUUAGCUCAAUUGUGGAUUUAAUUGAAGUAUAUUCUCAUAUAUUCCAACUAUGGAUUUAUGCUCGAACUAUCCUAGAUCUGUACAACGAUAAUCAGAAGGCAGUUAAGAUGCCAGUGAAGAAAAUGACUGAUAUGGAUGAAAAUAAAACAAACACUAAGAAAUCUGAUUUUACCAUUGAUAAACCAUCCUUAGAAUCUGAUUUUACCAUUGAUAAACCAUCCUUAGAAUCUGAUUUUACCAUUGAUAAACCAUCCUUAGAAUCUGAUCAUCUUAUAUUUACAGUACUCGCUGACAUUGUCAAUGAAGACAACCUAACAAUCAAAAAUACAUCUUUGAGUCACAAAAAUAACGAAUUGACACCUGAUAGAAUUCAACUGAGUGAACCACUUGUAAAUCUAACAUCUCUAGAGUACGAGGAAGAAUUACUUCAAGAACCAGCUAAACAAGUUGAUCAAACAACAGAAGAAGGGGAGAAUGAUCUGAAGGCACACCUUAGACCAAAUGAAGAUAUAAACCAAAGAGAACAGACAACCCCUCCAAACACAACAAAAAAUUCAGUAACAUCUUUUAUCUUAUCCACUUUUCAAGAUGUGGCUGCAACUUCAACUACUAUUAAAGAUGAGGCAGCAACUUCAACUACUAUUAAAGAUAAGGCAGAAAAUUCAACUACUAUUGAAAAUUUGACAUCAACUGCAACUACUAUUAAAGAUGUGGCAGCAACUGCAACUACAAUUGAAAGUGUGGCAUCAACUGCAACUACAAUUGAAAGUGUGGUAUCAACUGCAACUACUAUUGAAGAUGAAGAAGCAACUGUAACUACAACUGAAGAUGAGGCAGCAACUGAAACUACUGUUGGAAAUGUAGCAGCAACUGCAACUACUCUUAAUGAUGUGACAGCAAGUGCAAUAGUUGCAACUACAACUACUAUUAAAGAUGUGGCAGCAACUACAACUGCUUUUGAAGAUGUGGUAGCAACCAGAACUAUUCUUAAAAAUGUGGCAUCUGACAAAAUUCAAGAAUCUUCUACUCCUUUUAUUUUCGAAAAUAUUGAAUCUUUUGAUAACCCUGAUGCAUCUGCUACAAUUUCUGAAAGUCCCACAUCUAAUGUUAAAAAUGUCGCUAAUACUUUUAAAGCUGUAACAUUUAAAUCCAAAAUUGCUGGAUUUACAACAGAGGCUUCAACUCAAAUAGGGCAAUUUACAACUGAAGCAGCUUCAAUAAAAACUAAAACAGUAACAUCAAUUCAAGAAAAAGUACCAUCUACAAUUGAAAUUGAACCAUCUACAAUUGAAAUUGAACCAUCUACAAUUGAAAUAGAAGCAUCUACAAUUGAAAUAGAAGCAUCUACAAUUGAAAUAGAAGCAUCUACAACUAAAAACAUACUAUCCAACCCUGAGAAAGCAACAAUAUCAAGUAAAAAUACAGCAUUGGAAGCAAAAAGACAAAUCACUUCAAAAACUCCAAUGAAUGUUGAGAUAUUUACUACUGAGCGUGAGACCAUUGCUGUCAAUGAUGAAGCUCCUACUACUAAGAUUGAGACAUUUACAAAUGUAUUUGAAGUAACUACUGAUAAAUCCGAAAGAAUCAAGUCUUUUGGUGGAAACUUAGAUUCUAAUUCCAAAAAUAAAAUACCUACCAAUAGAAAAGGAUUAUUUGAUACUAACACUGAGAUUUCUGCUAAUGAAAAGGCUAGACCUGUUACUGCAACCACUGUGUCUUCUUCAAAUAAAGAAGAACUUAAAGACAAGAAAACAGUGCAUCAUCCAUUCAAAAUGAGAAACGUACGACAGAAGAUAGAGUAUCUAUUAAGGAAAAUGGAUAUUCUUCAAGAAAACUUGUUGAAUCAUUAACUGGAAAUAAAUCAACCUUGCUUUCAGCUGGGACUUCAGUACCUGUCAAAAAUCUUGAAAGUUCCUUUUGGCCUUUUCCUAAAAUGUUUCUGAAAU